AUAAAAUUUCAACGGUGCAGAUUAAUUUGAAAUUGAUAAUGUUAAACGUUGUCCGUAGAUAGCCUUUUGAAAACGCUAACACGCAAAUCUUUAAUGCUACUCCCGAAAAGAUCCAGAUAUUGUCUACACCUGUAAGUAGUGUCGGUGAAAAUGUACCGUGGGCAAUGUGUUACAUCGUAUACACCAAAAUAUUAUAUUGUUCAAGAAAUAGAGGAGGACAAGACUCCUCCAUAGGUCUCCAUCAAAGUUUCAUCAAUCAAUCAAUCUCAUCUUUAAUUUUGAGCACUACGUACAUUGCAGAAAAUGGCGAACUCUGCAUCUGGCGUGGGUGUGGUGGAUGAAUGCAAGCUGAAGUUCUUGGAGUUGAAGGCCAAGAGGUGCUAUAGGUACAUUGUGUUCAAGAUUGAUGAGGCUAGACAAGUGGUGGUUGUCGAAAAGCUGGGAACCCAAGAAGAGACUCAUGUCGAUUUCACCAACAGUUUGCCCUCGAAUGAGUGUCGAUACGCAGUUUUUGACUACGACUUCACCACUGAUGAGAAUUGCCAAAGGAGCAGGAUCUUCUUCAUCUCAUGGUCUCCAGAAACAGCAAGGGUGAGAAGCAAGAUGGUAUAUGCAAGCUCCAAGGACAGAUUCAGGAGGGAGUUAGAUGGGGUUCAAGUGGAGUUGCAAGCAACUGAUGCCAGUGAGAUGAGCUUGGACAUCUUCAAAAAUAGAGCUCAUUAAUUAAUAAUAAAAAUUAUUAUUAUGCCACCCACACAAUACAUACAUUGUUGUUAC